GGUAUCGGCCUAUUGAUAACAAAAAUGAAAUUUUUGAUGAAACUGUCGCCGCGAAAGAAGAAACCGGAAGCUUCGGAAGAUGAAAUGACUACAGCAGCUGAAGAGUCAGAAACUGAGGCCAAAGUUACGUCAAAAAAACGUGAAAAAUCAAUAAAAUCGGCAAAAAGUGGACGAAGUGGUCGCAGCGUCGGCAGUCGCCGCAGUCGUCGUGGCGGCAAAGCUGGUGACGGCGGCGGAGGAGAGGCGGAUGAGGAGGACAUUGACGGCGACGGCGCCGGCGGUGAAAAAGUCGGUUUUGUUGGCAAACUUCUGAGUACUAUAUGUCCGUGUGUUGGCCGUCGUCGGGAACCGGAGAUUAUGGAGUAUGAGUCGGGAUCGGCACCACUUGACUGAUGGAUGGAUGGAUUGAUUGAAUUUUUUGUUUGUCGAUGACAUUCAUCCAUGAAGUAGUUGAUGAUAAUGAUAGUGUUGUUGUUGUUAAACUAAGCCAUCAAUUGAUUUAUAUAUAUAUUAAUAUUUAAAAAUAGUAAUAAAAAAACUGAUGGAUUAAUGUAGUCAUGUCUUCUGUUUUAUUGAUGGAUCAGAUGAUUAUCAAAACAAACACACCAUCUCUUUGCUCUCUUUGCUCUCUCU